GUAUAAAACGGCGCGCGCAGAGAGCCGCACCGCACACACCACGAUAAAAGCAGGGCGCACGCGCGUGAAAGGAAGGAGCUCAGGGAAAGACCCGAUCGACAUUCUUCUUCCUUCCUCAUGGGCGCGGGCGCGGGCCACGUCGCUGCGCACGCCCUGGCGAGUUCCCUGCAGCCGCAGGUGGCCGCCGUCUUCUUCGCCUCGGCCGUGUGCACGCUGGCCCUCGCCGUCCUCCUGGCGACCAUGCGGCUGCGCCCGCCGUGGUGGUGCGCGUGCUCGGUGUGCGAGGCGUACCUGACGGCGUCGUGGACGGGCGAGUUCGACAACCUCUGCGACUGGUUCGCGCACCUGCUGCGCCGCGAGCCUGGGCGGACCGUGCACGUGCACGUGCUCGGGAACGUCCUCACCGCCAACCCGGCCACCGUCGAGCACAUGCUCCGCGGCCGCUUCGACAACUACCCCAAGGGCGCCCCCUUCUCCGCCAUCCUCGCCGACUUCCUCGGCCGCGGCAUAUUCAACGUCGACGGCGACCCCUGGCUCUUCCAGCGCAAGCUCGCGGCGGCCGAGCUCGCCUCCCCGGCGAUCCGCGCCUUCACGGCCAGCGUCGUCUCCUCCGAGCUGAGGUGCCGCCUCAUUCCUCUGCUCCACUCUGCCACCGCUGGGCAGGGCGGCGACAAGUUGCUGGACCUGCAGGACGUGUUCCGCCGCUUCGCUUUCGACUGCAUAUGCAAGAUCUCCUUCGGCCUCGACCCCGGCUGCCUCGAGCUGUCCCUGCCUAUGUCGGCCUUCGCCAACGCUUUCGACACGGCGUCGAUGCUCUCGGCGAGGCGAGCGACGGCGCCCAUGCAUGUGCUGUGGAAGCUUAAGAGGUUACUCAACAUAGGGGAUGAGCGGGAGCUCCGCGACGCGAUCGGCCUCGUCGACGAUCUCGCGGCCGAGGUCAUCCGGCAGCGCCGCAAGCUUCGGUCCGCCACCUCGGGCGACGACCUCCUGUCGCGCUUCAUGGGCUCCAUCAACGACGACAAGUACCUCCGCGACAUCAUCGUAAGCUUCAUGCUGGCCGGCCGCGACACCGUCGCCUCGGCUCUCACCGCCUUCUUUUUGCUCCUCUCCGACCACCCCCACGUCGCCGACGCGAUCCGUGACGAAGUCUUCCGCGUGGCCGGAGGGAGAGGCGAAGGCCAUCCCACGACCGCCACGUCCGGCGAGCUCAAGCGCAUGCACUACGUGCACGCGGCUCUGUUCGAGUGCAUGCGGCUGUUCCCGCCGGUGCAGUUCGACUCCAAGUUCGCCGCCGGGGAGGACACGCUCCCGGACGGCACGCCCGUGGCCAAGGGCACCCGGGUGACCUACCACGCGUACGCCAUGGGACGAAUGGAGUCCGUGUGGGGCCCCGACUGCGCCGAGUUCCGGCCGGAGAGGUGGCUCCGCGGCGGGCAGUUCGUGCCGGAGAGCCCGUACCGCUACCCGGUGUUCCAGGGCGGCGUGCGCGUCUGCAUUGGCAAGGAGCUCGCCAUCAUGGAGAUGAAGGCAGCCAUCGUGGCCGUGGUCCAGAGUUUCGACAUCGAGGCAGUCGGCCGGAGCUCGCGACGGCCCAAGUUCGCGGCGGGGCUAACGGCAACGUUCGUCGGGGGAGUGCCGGUGAGGGUGCGCCGGCGAGCGAGCCAGGUUUAGCUUAGUCAAACGUCGCCGUCAGCCACACGGGGCGGAUCUAUUCGUCCCAUCUUUGCUUAGGGGCCGCACAUUGGAUGAGAUCAUGCGCACGCAAAGUUAUUGUAAUCUACUACUACUCCACAAAGACCAGCACCCAUUCUGGUGACUGGUGAGUGCACCCAGCCUCCACUCCCGGGUACUCUGGCGGAUUAGGCUAAAUGACCUUUCCUCAAUUCAAUGGCGACUUGGGCAAAGGGUGCAGCUGCCAGAAAUCUUUCCGACUUCAACGCACGAGGUCGUGGCUCCGAUGCCAUUCCUGAGAAAAGUUGCAGACUCAAAGUUGCAUAAUACUAGAUGUUCUUCCCCUGAA